AUGGGUAAACAAAAGAACUUACAGUUUAUAACAGAGUCUGAACCUCUGGUAAUGAACUACUCGACUAAUAGCGAAAGAUUGGAUAUCACCAUCAAUGAGAACUAUCUUGAUGACACUUAUCCACUCCCAGCAGUAUCAGAUAAACAUGACCAAGAAAUUAAAUCUUCUUUUGGUCAUAAAACAAUUGGUGCAAUUGGAUCUAUAUCAUUGCUUAUAGGUAAUAUGACAGGUCCAGGUAUGGUAGGAAUUGCUUUACAAUUUCAACAAGGUGGUUGGUUAUUGACUAUACUAGGAUUUGCAGCCAUUAUGUUGUUAAGUACAUUGGCUGGUUUAUUCAUGAUUGAAUCUAUGGCAUCUAUUCCAGGUAAUCCAAGAUUCCAAUUGAGAGUAGAAUUUACAAUGUUGGUUAGAUUUUAUUUUGGUAAAUGGGGAUAUUAUAUUGCACAAGUAUUUAUCAAUAUAGCGUUACAAGCGACCAAUGUAGCAUCGAUUAUUAUUUGUGCACAGGUAAUGGAUUCGAUGUUUAUUUUCAUGUUUAAAAAGACGUGUGGUUUGGAAGCAUACCCACAUGUACGAUGGGUAUGUGAGACUGUUGCUAGUUCAAACAGUUCACCGUUCAACAGUGAAUAUUACAUGUUUUUCACACUCGGGUAUCUAGUGGUACUCGUGCUCAUCAUUCCACUCGGUUUCCUCAAUCUCGACGACAACAUUAUCGUCCAAAUUUGUGCCGUCUGUCUCAUGUUUACCAUCACGUCUUCAUGGGUCAUCAUGUUUAUCAUUCACGGUCUCAAUGUAGACAAUAUGCCAACAUUUGGUGACGGGCCUGGUAUGGCCCAAAUUAUGGGCAAUGUAAUGUUUAAUUAUGCUUAUGUUACUACUAUUCCAAGUUGGGUAAAUGAAGCUAAACCAACAGUAAAUAUUAACAAGACAGUUUGGGGAAGUGCAUCAUUGUCAACAGCAGUAUUUGUAGUGAUUGGAUUAUUUGGAGCAUUGUCAUUUGGUCAUAUGCCAUCAUCAUCUGAUAUUUUGAGUGUUAUCAAUUCAUCACCAGAGGCUAAUAUCUUUUCAAAGAUUUGUGUCUAUAUCUUCCCAUUUGUAGUGUUGGCCAGUUCGAUCCCAGUCUAUUCGAUUAUUGUCCGUUACAAUCUCAUGCAAAACGACUUGAUGCCCAAGUCUGCCGCCAACUUUGUGGCUGUCGUGUUGCCAUGGCUCAUUGUCAUCCCGUUCAUGACGGGUGACGGUCUCAACAAAAUCUCAAAUUGGUCAUCCAUCUUUUUCAGUUCGAUUGCCAAUUUUAUCAUUCCCCUCCUCAUCUAUCUCCGUUCGAUCCAAUUUAGAAAGGGUAAAAAGAAGAUGACCAAUGAACAGAAAAAGAUCCUCCAAACCCUCAUCCAAGACACUGUCGAUUUCGAAGAGAACAAGCAUCUCCUCACAUUCAAAGAUCAUCAUAGCAUGUAUCGUGCUUUUAGAAGAAUGGCAAGAGAAACUUGUCGUCGUCUUGCCACAUUUGCUGUAUCUACUCUGGGUGUUUUAAUCUUAUUAUUAGAGAGAUAG